UUUCACCCAUGUCAAUCGAUGUUUCCAUGGACGUAAAUUCACCAGGUUUUCUAAUGCAGACAGCGACACGGCAAGCUACUCAGUUAAAGUUAAAGGCAUCACCGGCACAUUUAUAAUAACUCAUCAUAGCAGCUAGCUAGUUUGCUAAGAAGCCAGACUGAUUUGGCACAGUUUCUCGAGAGCAAAUUGGGGAGCCGGCAUAAUCUCAAUGGGUGCAUUUUACUGUGCAAUAUGUAGGCAGACAUUUUUCUCUGGAAAGGGACACAUCUUCGGUAAAAGUCAUCAAAGCAAACUCAAAGUGGUCCUCGUAAAAUUUAUCGAGAAGGUGAAACAAGCUCGAAGAACAAUCAAAAAUCCCCAGGUGGAGAAGUUUGAUUGCACUCUGAACGAGUGCAAAUUUUGGUGUUACUGCUGCGAGGUCGAGGUUAAUAGACAUGUCACUGAUGCCAGCAUCACUGUGUUGUUUGGAGGACUAUUAGAACACAUGGCCACUCCAGAACAUGGAAAGAGAACGCACAGGUUCUGGUGGGAAAACAAAGCUGAUCCCAAACUAAGAGACAAGUUCAUUGUCACCGAAGAAGAGAUUGAAAGAUUCAAAACAGAAGUGGCAAAAGCACUGGAGUCAUUUGCGGAGAAGGAAAAUGAGCUCGUAAAACAACAAGCAGCUCAUAUUCGCGCCCAGGAGCAACAUCGACAAGAAGUCCUGCAGGCGCUCAUAGAGCCUGAACCAGAGCUGGAGCAAUCUAAUAUUGUACAGGGCCCAGGUGACUUAACUGUGGGGACUUUAAGCUCUCAUCUGGUAUUGGAUGAGCAGGAUGGGCCAAGCUGGUUAGACCCAGUUGUGGAUGGGAAGGGGGCAGGACCAGGACAAGGUCUGACUUUCAUUGGGUACCAGGAUGCCUCCAAUAGUGGAAAUGUUAACACAGGAGCUGUCCCUCCAUGGUUGCAGAAGGACCCCUUGGACGGUAGCUCUGGAUCAGCAGGGCAAGAGAUUGGACCAUCACUGCAGGACUUCCUCAAGCAGAAAGAGCAGGAUAGACUGAGGAAGUUGCCUCCUAACAGAGUUGGGGCCGACUUUGACCACAGCUCUCAGACCGAUGCCAACUGGCUGCCCUCUUUUGGUCGGGUGUGGAACAGCGGCCGGCGCUGGCAGUCGAGGCACCAGUUCAGAGAAGAGGAAGGACAGACUAACAAGCGAAGGAGAACGAAGGACCAUAACAAAGGGGACAAAGAAAAAGACUGCUUAAUACUUAAGACCGAAUAACUAUGGGGGAUGGGUAUUGCUUUUCUUUGGUGCCGAUUGUAGGCAUUUAUGUAAAUAGCUUGUAUAACACUGAUAUUCAAGUGUCCACUUGUGCAGUUUGAUUGUUUUGAAUUAAAGUAUUCUUUUUAUUAAGAAAA